UCCAUUUUUCGGACUUAAGCUGCACUCCCUGCGCUAACACCUUCUCUCUCUGUGCCAAGCUCUGCGAUCGCCGUCUUCGCCUUCACCGUUUCCGGUCAAUAUGUCUCGAAGAUAUGAUAGCCGUACGACAAUUUUCUCACCUGAAGGACGUCUUUACCAAGUGGAGUAUGCAAUGGAGGCCAUUGGGAAUGCUGGUACUGCAAUAGGAAUCUUGUCAAAAGAUGGGGUAGUUCUGGUUGGUGAGAAGAAGGUCACGUCCAAGCUGCUGCAAACCUCAACUUCCACUGAGAAAAUGUACAAGAUUGAUGAUCACGUUGCAUGUGCUGUGGCUGGAAUUAUGUCUGAUGCCAACAUCCUAAUCAAUACUGCCAGGGUCCAGGCACAACGUUAUGCAUAUGCUUACCAAGAGCCAAUGCCAGUUGAGCAGUUGGUUCAAUCUCUUUGUGAUACUAAGCAAGGUUACACACAAUUUGGUGGUCUUCGACCAUUUGGAGUCUCAUUCCUGUUUGCUGGUUGGGACAAAAAUUUCGGCUUUCAACUUUACACAAGUGAUCCCAGUGGAAAUUAUGGUGGUUGGAAAGCUGCAGCUAUCGGUGCCAACAACCAGGCAGCACAGUCAAUUCUAAAACAGGAUUACAAGGAUGAUAUCACAAGGGAAGAAGCAGUUCAACUUGCGCUGAAGGUACUGAGUAAAACUAUGGACAGCACAAGUCUCACCUCUGAAAAGCUUGAACUUGCAGAGGUUUUUCUCUCACCUUCUGGAAAAGUCAAGUAUCAAGUUUGCUCCCCAGAAAACCUGACUAAGCUGUUGGUGAAGUUCGGGGUGACCCAACCAGCAACAGACACUGCUUAGCUUCUUGGUUUCUUGUCAUAUGUAGUUUAAUUAUGCCUAUACAAUGCAUUUGGAACGUUCUUCCUUUUCAGUAUAGACGUUAGAAAAGUGUCCCAAAUCUAUUUCAAAGUUCAAACUUACAAACAUUUUGUAUUAUUGCUUUUUAGUUUGUAUUUCUUCGGUGAUUUUCAGGACUUAAAUAUAUGAUAUCUGUAUCCGUUCAUUGCUUUUGCUUUCUGCCUAUCUUCCGUUUCUUGCCCGUAAUUUGGAUUGAAGAUGGUAGAAGUAGAACCAAUGCAUCAACUAGCUUUGUCAAGCAA